AUGAGGACCAGCAGGAACUAUGGAUUAGGCCCUGGAAGUAUCACCGCCAAGAAGCAUAAGGAGUUUGAGAGGCUUGCAUUCAACAAAGCUAAGACGCUAAGAGCUAUGCGUGCUAACAUGUUGUCCCAUUGGGAUGGAAGCAAGAAACUUAUCGACAUCUUGCCGCCAAUAUGGAAGACCGAGGCGAAUAGGAUUUACCAGGAGCUAUGGGAAGCGAACAGGAGGAACCUAAACAAUCGAGGAAUGCCAACGGUCAACUUCUACGACUUGGUAGUUCAAGUGGGAAGACUGUGGGAGGAAAGGGAAGUCCUACUGGAGACAAAAAAGGAGCCGACUGAAGAGGAGCCUCGCAUGGACGGCGAGUCGAGCCAAGGAAGCAACUAG